CGACGUCGCUUCGCUGCCGCCCCUGUUCCUCGGGACCUGCCAUACCAAGCCCUAGGGUGUCACGAGUUAGAGCCGAAGUUCCAUCUUGGUAUUCAAACCCGGGUUUGAUUGACCUGGACGCCCUACGAGCCUAGAGACCCGCGUAUCAACACCGCUGGCUCAGCCUCAAUGCUUCGACAAGGAAUGUUUGCGAGAUUUCCCUCAAAUCUCCGACCUUGAGGCCUGCCGUGGUGUUGCAGGUGUCUUGCGCGAUGACGAGGCGCUUUGGGGUGAUGCUCAUUGGUGGUGUUGGCGGCCGGGGUCGUGCCGUCAUCGAUGGAGGGCGCGACUCGCGACUUUUUGACCCUCUAGCAGCGAACAUUUGAACGCCCGUCCCAACCAACACGGCCAGCCAUGUCGUCCAACUACACCUGCACAGCCUGCUCCAAGGCCCUAUUGAGGUCCUCUACGUCGCUGCUCCAGCGAACGAAUAGAGCGUCUCUGCGCCAAGCACGUCGAACAAUCUCCACCACCUCACCCACCUCCUACCAUGCGUCGCAAACGCUGUCAGCAGAUGUCAGGCCCGAAGCAAUCAAGAAGCCGCACCCAGCUGUUGCGUCGGGCGUGACUGGCCUCGCCCAGAAGCUGCGCGAAAAGGCACCAUUGAUGACCGAGACGUACGUCGCAUAUGGCGCAACACGAGACCUCAUCAAGGAAUGCACAAAGCCGGGUGAAUACAAGAUACCCCAAGCGCUGCUAAAGCGGGGCGAGAUACCGGUCGACGAGAACGGUGUGCACCUGGGCGAGGCCGAAGGGUGGUGGUAUGACACCCUCGGACUAAAGCCGACGUUUUCGAAUUGGGCCCAAAUCACCUUCAUCCACAUGUACAUGCUGCAAGUCCGCUUCCGCAUGUUCCCCCAGUCGCACGCGCCAGUAUGGAUCCAGCACCUCACCAACCAAGCCUUUUACGCGGCCGAGGACCGCCUGGUCAUAUGGCACAAGUUCAACGCCAAUUCGCUGCGCCAGAAGCACCUCAAGGAUAUGUUCUCGCAGUGGCGGGCGGUGCUGCUGUCGUACGACGAGGGGCUCAUGAAGGGUGACGCUAUGCUUGCGGCGGCUAUUUGGAGGAAUCUGCUUGGCGCAAAGGAGGAUGUCGACUUUGAGAAGCUGGCCCAGAUUGUGGGGUACAUGCGGAGAGAGCUCAAGAGGCUGGACAGUGCUACGGAUGAUCAGGUCGCGGAUGGGACGUGGACUUUCCGUGGUAGCCCGGGAGAGGAGGCGCCUGUUGUUAAAGCGCCGAGUAGGAUGAUGACAGCUGAGACUUCGAAGGCGUGAGGGACGAACGGCACAAAUGGAAUGUAAGAGAAGAGCUAUGUAUCAACACCGUGUAUAUAUCUUAUGAGAGAUGUGAUAUGG